AUGUCGUACCAGGAAAUGCAAUAUGUCGUACCAGGAGAUGCAAUAUGUUGUACCCGGAGAUGUGAUAUGUCGUACCCGGAGAUGCAAUAUGUCGUACCAGGAGAUGCAAUAUGUCGUACCAGGAGAUGCAAUAUGUUGUACCUGGAGGUGAGAUAUGUCGUACCCGGAGAUGCAAUAUGUCGUACCAGGAGAUGCAAUAUGUUGUACCUGGAGGUGUGAUAUGUCGUACCCGGAGAUGUGAUAUGUCGUACCAGGAAAUGCAAUAUGUCGUACCAGGAGAUGCAAUAUGUCGUACCUGGAGGUGAGAUAUGUCGUACCCGGAGAUGUGAUAUGUCGUACCAGGAAAUGCAAUAUGUCGUUCCAGGAGAUGCAAUAUGUUGUACCUGGAGGUGAGAUAUGUCGUACCCGGAGAUGUGAUAUGUCGUACCCGGAGAUGUGAUAUGUCGUACCCGGAGAUGUGAUAUGUUGUACCUGGAGGUGAGAUAUGUCGUACCCGGAGAUGUGAUAUGUCGUACCAGGAGAUGCAAUAUGUCGUACCAGGAGAUGCAAUAUGUUGUACCUGGAGGUGAGAUAUGUCGUACCCGGAGAUGUGAUAUGUCGUACCAGGAGAUGCAAUAUGUCGUACCAGGAGAUGCAAUAUGUUGUACCUGGAGGUGAGAUAUGUCGUACCCGGAGAUGUGAUAUGUCGUACCAGGAAAUGCAAUAUGUCGUUCCAGGAGAUGCAAUAUGUUGUACCUGGAGGUGAGAUAUGUCGUACCCGGAGAUGUGAUAUGUCGUACCAGGAAAUGCAAUAUGUCGUACCAGGAGAUGCAAUAUGUUGUGUACCCGGGGAUGCAAUAUGUCGUACCCGGAGAUGCAAUAUGUCGUACCCUCAACUUUUCUGAUGUUCACUUGGUAACCACGCAUACCCAGUGA